AAUCGCUGGAAAAAAAGGAAAAAAAAAACAAGAGAGAGAAAGUGUGAGGGAGAGAGAGAAAAACAAAACUUCGUCCCUUCUCUCUCCGCCUCUCUGUCCCUCACCACCACCGAGCGAGUCGAGUCUCUCUCUCCACUACUGUCCUCUGCCCACAGGUAGAGAGAGAAAGGGUUAGAGAGAGAGAGAGAGAGAGUGUAUGGGGGGCGAGCGAGCAUUGUGAGGGGGGCCUCCGCGCAGUCGCCGCCGUGAUGGAUUCCGUUCCGCCGCGGGGCCUCAUCCCCCACGCGCCGCUUCCGGGUCGCUUCGUUCGCACGGCAGCAAUGGUGGAAUCGCGAGCGCCUCGGGUUUGAUCGUGCGGCGAGCGGAAGCAAGAGACUGAUUCUUCUUCUUCUCCUUCCUCCUCCUUCUCUCGCUCCUCGCUCCCGAUUCGAUUUGGAUUCGGCAUUUUAGGUUUUUCUUCUUCCUUCCUUCCUUCCUUCCUACGUUCCCUUGCGCGUUCCUGCUCAGAGCUCUGGCGGACCUUAAGGCGACCCUAUCCUUCCUGCGCUCGUCCCUGUCGUCGAUUCUGGCCGAUCGGUUCGAUUUCAAGUCGAAGAAGAGGAAGCGGCGGGGGAUUUUCACCGCCAAGAUGAUGUGGAUUCUGCGGUUCUCCGGCUUCUUCUCCGCCGCGAUGGUCAUGGUCGUCCUCUCCCCUUCCUUCCAGUCGUUCCCGCCCGCCGUCGCCACCCGCUCCUCCCGCAUCGACGGCGGCCUCCAGUUCCCGGCGGACGGCGGCGCCGCCCCCGGCUCGCCCGAGCGGUUCUCGUUCCGGAGAGCCUCCGCAUUCCGCAAUGCCGAUGAAUGCAGCCCCGCCGACGGCUCGGUGUUGGGUGGAACCAGCGUCUGCGAUCCUAACCUGGUCCACGUCGCGAUUACUCUCGAUCUGGAGUACCUGCGCGGGUCAAUCGCGGCCGUGCAUUCGAUUCUGCAGCACUCCAAGUGUCCGGAGAGCAUUUUCUUCCACUUCCUGGUGUCGGAGACCAGCCUCGAAACCCUAGUGCGGUCCACCUUCCCUCAGUUGAAGUUCAAAGUGUAUUACUUCGAUCCGGAGAUCGUGCGAGACUUGAUCUCGACCUCGGUGAGGCAAGCGCUCGAGCAGCCUCUCAAUUACGCGAGGAAUUACUUGGCUGAUCUGCUCGAGCCCUGCGUCAGCAGGGUGAUUUACUUGGAUUCUGAUUUGGUCGUUGUGGACGACAUCGCGAAGCUGUGGUCAACCAGCCUCGGCUCGAGGACGAUCGGCGCGCCGGAGUACUGCCACGCGAACUUCACCAAGUACUUCACCGAGGGCUUCUGGUCGAACUCGCGCCUCGCCGGCGCGUUCGCCGGCCGGACGCCGUGCUACUUCAACACGGGGGUGAUGGUGAUAGACCUGACCAAGUGGAGGCGCGUGGGGUACACGAGGAGGAUCGAGCGGUGGAUGGAGAUCCAGAAGCGGGACCGCAUCUAUGAGCUCGGCUCGCUGCCGCCGUUCCUCCUGGUGUUCGCUGGCCACGUGGCGCCGAUCGAGCACCGGUGGAACCAGCACGGGUUAGGUGGUGACAACGUCAGGGGCAGCUGUCGGGACCUGCAUCCCGGCCCGGUCAGCCUCCUGCAUUGGUCCGGCUCCGGCAAGCCGUGGCUCCGGCUCGACUCGAGGCAGGCGUGCCCGUUGGACUCGCUCUGGGCACCCUACGACUUGUACGGGCACUCGCCCUGAUCGAGAAAAAUCUGGGCGACCCAGAAGCACACGACAGCGGUGCACCUGGUAGGCGGGGGCCUGACAUUACCGGGUAAAUCGAAAUCACCAUGCGAAGGGCUACUGCUACUGUUAGGUCCCUUGUUUUGUCCUUAAUCAUGCGGUUGCGAUCGGCGGUUCUCUUUCUUUCCGAUUUUUUGUUCUUUUACUUUGUUGUUUCCUCCCCUUCAUUUGUUGGUAAUUUUUUGGUGUAUGUUUAAUUGUGCUUUCGGGGCUACAGAAUUUUUAGUUAGACUUUCCUGGACUUCACAUUGUUGUUAAUGGAUCUCUCUGGCCACUUGUAUUCGAUUCUCUCAUUACCGUUCUGGAAAUAAAAGCGAAGACGAGAAAGAUAUUCAUGUUG